UAAGGUGACUGCAGCCAUUUUUUGUUUUUUAGUGGUUCACUGAAAAUACAUGGAGAAGUACUAAAAUAUAGUGGCUGAAUACUGUGUAGUGAACACGAGAACGUGUAAUAACUCGAAAACAACACCAUUAAUAAAAAGAAUCGUGUCAGGUUUCUGGCCGAUGAUCCCCUUAACAUCAACAUAAGCAUGGAUUCUGGUAAAUGGUCACGUUCCACACAUAGAAGUGGAAGGUAUGGACAGGACCCACAUCGAGAUGAUAGAGAAAUUAAAGGAAGAGGCAGCCAUGAUUAUGAAUGGAGAAGUGGGAGAUACGAUGAGCGCAGGAGCAGAGAUUGGCCAGAGAGAACAAGCAGAAGGCACGAAGAUGAACAUCAUUCUGAUGGAGAGUUUCAUGAACAUGGCCAUAGAGGACAGUCAGCUGAAGAAUAUGAGAGCAAGACCAUUAUGCUCAAGGGCCUGCCUCCACAUGCCUCAGAAAGUGAUAUUCGUUCUGCUUUAGAAAUGGAUGGUCUAACAGCUGCAGAUAUUUGUUUAGUGAAUAAAAGACCAGGUAUAAGCCGGGGUUUUGCCUUUGUGAAGUUUUAUCACUUGCAAGAUGCUACCAGAUGGAUGGAGACCAAUCAGAGGCAGCUCCUGAUACAAGAUAUGAAUGUAAUCAUGCAGUACAGCAAUCCAAAACACAAAAUGGAAGACUGGCUCUGUAGUAAUUGUGGUUUGUCCAAUUUCCGCCGGAGGCAGAAAUGUUUCAGAUGUGGUGCUGCCUGUGUGGAAACUGAUUCAGCGAGUACUAGUACAUCAGUUGAAGCUCAGCAAAGUGCAGAAUACCGCAGUGAUACCAUUCUGUUGAGGAACAUUGGUCCUCUUACAACUGUUGAAGCAAUCAUAGGUGCUUUAGCUCCAUAUAUUCAAUUAUCUGCAAACAACAUUCGGCUUAUCAAGGACAGACCAACUGGCCACAAUAGAGGCUAUGCUUUUGUGCAGUUACCAUCUGCUGAUGAAGCAUCGUUGCUCCUUGUAACCCUGCAAGGACUUCAACCUCCAUUGGUACUUGAUGGGAAAACAAUUGGAGCAGAAUAUGCAAAAACUCCAAGAAAGGAUUUCACUCCUUCAGAUGGAAAUCGCAAUCUGUCUUUAACAAUGGCCAGUACAGCAAUUGCUGCAGCGCAGUGGUCACCCAGUGAGUCUCAGUCAUAUGCACAGGAAUACCAGUCUAAUUAUCAACAAUCAGCUGUUACUGUUUCUCAGAGUCCACAGAUCUAUCCUCAACAUCAACAGCUACAAAUAACUUCCCAGACUCCAGAGGCUGUUCAGUCUCCAGUUUCCCAGGAAUCUGCAACACAAGAAACUGACACUCAGAAUGGAUAUGCUGCUCCAGACACUUCCAGUUACCAGUAUGAUGAGGCUACAGGAUAUUAUUAUGACCCACAGACAGGAUAUUCUUAUGACCCUAAAACACAGUAUUAUUACAAUUCACAAACACAACAAUACCUUUACUGGGACAGUGUCACACAGACAUAUGUCUGUGUCACAGAUACCUCAAAUGAGAAGCAGAAUACCUCAACAUUAGCAUCAAACAAAGAAGCCAAGGAAAAGAAAGAGAAGCCGAAGACCAAGACAGCACAGCAGAUUGCGAAAGAUAUGGAAAGGUGGGCAAAAAGUUUAAACAAGCAGAAGGAAAGUUUGAGAAACAGCUUGCAGCUUAUAAACUUCCCCAAAGAAGAAGAGGCUAUCAUUGAAUCUCCUGCUGCAGACACAGCCUACAGUAUCUUUGAAAAAAAGCAGAUAAGCAUGGAGAGGGAAGAGCUAAGAUAUGAAUUAGACAACAGUGAUGUCGAAGAUAACUCAUUUCAAUCAAUAAAGUUUGCUCAAUGUGGGCUCGUAGCUGCAUAUCAUGGGGACAGUGAUCCAGAGGAACCUGAUAUAGAGAAGCGAGACAGUUUUUUAGACAAAUUGACAGACUGGAAGAAAAUGGUUUGUUUGUUGUGUCGAAGGCAAUUUCCAAACAAAGAGACACUCGUCAGGCAUCAGCAACUGUCAGACCUUCAUAAGCAAAACCUUGAAGUAUAUAAAAGGUCCAAGCUGACGGAAGGGGAGUUGGAAGAAUUAGAAAGGAGAGAGAGAGAGAUGAAAUACAGAGACAGAGCUGCUGAAAGAAGAGAAAAGUAUGGUGUUCCAGAACCUCCUGAACCGAAAAAAAAGAAGAAGAAAAAUGAGCCAGUUGUUGACUAUGAACAGCCCACAAAGAAUGGCUUAAAUAGUGACAACAUUGGCAGCAAAAUGUUGCAAGCCAUGGGGUGGCAGGAAGGCAAGGGGCUUGGUAGAAAUCAACAGGGGAUUACCGCUCCUAUUGAGGCACAGUUACGGAUGAGAGGGGCUGGCCUUGGCUCAAAAGGUAGCGCUUAUGGUGCAGCAGCAGCAGCAGCAGCAGCCGAUACCUACAAGGAUGCUGUGCGGAAAGCAAUGUUUGCUCGUUUUGAGGAAUUGGAGUGACCACAAUUCUUUAUACCUUUUAAGCAUCUGAUCAUGGAGUAUUUCAUGUCAGAGACCUUUUCAGUGACUUAAUCAAGUUUUGUAAACUCGGCUGUUUAAGCAGACUGGAGCACAGCUAGAGCUGUUCUUGAGUCUGACAUUUACAAAACUUAAGAAAAAUACAUUCUUUUGGCCUACUUGAACUUUUACCAGCAAUUGCACACAGUAUACAGCAUGAGGUGAAAGACCAAACAUGUUACCAACUGGUUAUUUCUAUGGCAAAAUAUUGAUCCACAUUGUUUUCAAAAUGUGAAAAUCCUAUGGACUGGAAAGGCUGUUUUGCUGUACCGAAAAUGUAAUGCUGAAGGAAUGUAAUUGUGAAUUUUGUAUAUAAAGUUUAUUUUUUUCCCUUAAGUUCUUUUCAACCUUUUUGUCAGUUUUUAUUCUGUUCUAAGGGGUUUUAUUGUACCUUUUAUGGUAGAAUACAUGAAACAUUACCCUG